GGGCGCUGCGGCCCGGCCCCGCGGGAGCGGCCGGCGGGGGAGGCGGGGCGGGAGCGUCCGGCGGCCAUGGCGGACACCGAGAAGCUCAACCUCGACUCCAUCAUCAGCCGCCUCCUGGAGGUCCAAGGAUCGCGGCCGGGGAAGAACGUGCAGCUGACGGAGAACGAGAUCCGGGGGCUUUGCCUCAAGUCGCGAGAGAUCUUCCUCAGCCAGCCCAUCCUUCUGGAGCUGGAGGCACCCCUCAAGAUCUGCGGUGACAUCCACGGGCAGUACUACGACCUGCUGCGGCUCUUUGAGUACGGGGGCUUCCCUCCGGAGAGCAACUACCUGUUCCUGGGUGACUAUGUGGACCGGGGCAAGCAGUCGCUGGAGACUAUCUGCCUGCUGCUCGCUUACAAGAUCAAGUACCCCGAGAACUUCUUCCUGCUGCGCGGCAACCACGAGUGUGCCAGCAUCAACCGCAUCUAUGGCUUUUAUGAUGAGUGCAAACGGCGAUACAACAUCAAGCUUUGGAAGACAUUCACCGACUGCUUCAACUGUUUGCCCAUCGCCGCUAUCGUGGAUGAGAAGAUCUUCUGCUGCCACGGAGGGUUGUCUCCUGACCUGCAGUCGAUGGAGCAGAUUCGGCGGAUCAUGCGCCCCACGGACGUGCCGGAUCAAGGCCUGCUCUGCGACCUCCUCUGGUCUGACCCCGACAAGGAUGUGCAGGGCUGGGGUGAGAACGACCGUGGUGUCUCCUUCACCUUUGGGGCGGAGGUUGUGGCGAAGUUCCUGCACAAGCACGACCUGGACCUCAUCUGCCGGGCGCACCAGGUGGUGGAGGACGGCUACGAGUUCUUCGCCAAGCGCCAGCUCGUCACCCUCUUCUCGGCGCCCAACUACUGCGGGGAGUUUGACAACGCGGGCGCCAUGAUGAGCGUGGACGAAACACUGAUGUGUUCAUUUCAGAUUUUGAAGCCGGCCGACAAGAACAAGGGCAAAUACGGGCAGUUCAGCGGGCUGAACCCCGCAGGACGCCCCGUCACCCCUCCCCGCAACUCUGCCAAAGCCAAGAAAUGAGCCACGAGCCACCCCUGCCCCCCGCCCGCCCUCGGCUGGGGCCCAGCCCCCCGCCCUCAACAUCAGGUCGCUUUUCUUUCGACUUGUUUUUUAUUUGUAAGAUCCUGCCCCCCCCCCGCCACGCUCCACUGAACCAAAAUACAGCCGCCCCCCCGCCAGGGCAGGGACCGCUGGGGCGAGGCGGGGGGGAGCCCAGAGCCCAGCCCUGGGAUGGCAGUGGAGGGUGGGGGGAGCAGGAGGGGUUUUUUUUGGGGAAUAAACUUGUAAUGGGUCA